UGCCGCCGCCGCGCCGGCCGGGAAGGGCCCGCCCUUCCGGGAAAGGCUGGGCGCAGGGAGGCGGGGCCUGGCAGCGCGGGGCCGCGGCGGAGGCGCUCGCCGAGCGGCGGCGGGUCACCGCGGUCGUGCCUUGUGCGGGCGAGGGGCGGGUGCGCCUGUGUGAGCGCCGCUGCGGCGGAGGCCGCGGGCCCGGCGCGGCGCCAUGGACCUCACGCACCGGCUGGAGCUGUUCCCGGGCUGCAGCGUGACCCUCCUCCUCUUCAACCACGUGAAAAACGCCGCUGCGCUGAGGAAAGGAGCCAUGGACGGGUCCAUUGAAGGCGCGUUAAUAAACCCCGCCAUGGUUGUAGAUCCUUUUCAAGUUCUUGUGGCGGCCAACAAAGCAGUUCAUCUAUACAAGAUAGGUAAAAUGAAGACCAGAACUCUCUAUGCAGAAAUUAUUUUCAGCCUUUCACCAAACAACAAUAUUUCAGAUGCAUUUAAAAAGUUUGGCAUUUCAGACAGUGACACAGCAGUACUCAUUGUUCUGGUUGUGGACAGAGAAAAACCUGUAAAUCUGGAAGAUAUUGCAUCUCAGGUAGAAGGCCAACAGGUUUCUCUAGAUGAACUCCCCCAGCUAACAGACACUGCCAAAGUUAAAAAGAUGUACAAAAUUACUCCACAAGAAGAAAAAAUUGGCACCUUAUUGGAUAGUAUUGUUUGCAGAAUGUCAACUAAAGAUGUUUUAUGAAAAUGUGGAAAUAAAUUCUUUUAAAGGAAAAAGAGGGCUUUUUAAGAUGUAAAAACA